UUUAAGUUGGGAAAGGAAUAAUAUCCUACCAAUAGAAGAUUAUUGAUCAUUGUCUUUCUCUGUAACAUAUCACCUAUGUGGAUUCCCCAAAUUCAAUUGCAUUUUCUUUAGGUUUUAGUUAUAUACAUCAUACACUGUUUACAAUACAUUACACGCCUAUCACAGACCCAGAACUUGUUUGCUGAGAAGAGAUGGGAUCUGAGAAGCCUAUCGAACAAUAUUGUCGAUACGCCCGAUACCAACCUAUCUUAGGGUUUUAUUACGGUUUCGUCCCAUUUGGUAACACCUUUCAUCUUUAGAAGCCUUCUGCAACCCCACAAAUCCCCUAACUCCGGCCAUGUAUGGAACCGCCGGCGAAGCAUGAGGAGGAGGAGGAGGAGGAGGAGCCCAGCCCUCGUCCACCUUUUGCCGCCGCCGCCGCCAUCUCCAGGAUCGCCGUGGCCCAGAUCUGCCUCACCGUCGGGUACGCCGCCGCGGAGCCCGCAGCCCUCCGCUCCCUCUCCGACGUCGCCGGCCGCUACAUUCAGAUCCUGGCCCGGUCCGCCGCCUCCAUCGCCGCCGUCCACGGCCGGACCGACGUCAACCUUCUCGACCUCGUCCGGGCGAUGGAGGAGCUCAGCCUCCCGCGGGGGUUCGCCGGCGCCUCCGACCCGACGAGAUCGCUUCUGAGAUCGAGCGUUUUGAGAGAGCUAAUGGCGUUCGUCCGAUCGGUGCACGAAAUCCCAUUCCCGAGGCCCAUCCGGCGCGAAUCCGUAAGGGCUAGGGCUUCGCCGAGCUUCGCGCAGCUGGGGCGGGAGCCGCCGCUCCGGCACGUGCCGCGGUGGCUGCCGUGCUUCCCGGAGUCGUGGGAGAGGUCGCGGAGAGAGGAGGAGGGCUGCGGGGAAGGGAGAGAACGGGAGGGGGACAGGGUUUCGGCGGCGGUGAAGCUUUCAGAGGAAGGUUUUUUGCCGGCGGAGUGGGAGAGAGUUAGGUUCCGAUUGGCGUGUUAUGGUGGUUCGGAUGGGGAGGGGAAGAAGAAGGGAGAGCAUGGCGUCGAGGAAAGGGAGGAGAGGAAAGGGAAGUAAAAAAUAGCCUCCAACACCUGUACAUGAAUUUUCUUUUUUUGGUUUUUAAAUUCUUCUCUCUUUUCAAGUGUCUUUGGUAAAGAAUAGACUCGAACAGCAAAAAGAAGGUUAAAACAUUGUUAUUCCCAAA